GAGGUAACGGAGUGUUUGUUUGUUUGUAUGAGACAGCUUUACCAACAGGAUUGUAGUCGAAAUUUAUUUAAGAAAAUGGGUAAAAUUUAGUUUAAAUAUUUAAACAAACCUUUCUAAAAAAACGAGAACAAAUAAAAGACUGAAUGGAGGGUUUAAAGAAAGCUGAGUUGAACGUGACAAUUACACAACCACCAUAAUAGGGAGCAAAUUUCUGAUUACCGGAAAAUUAAAGGUUUUAUAGAGUAAUUAACAAUAUUUUACAAUGCUUGUACUAGUUAUUGGUGAUUUCCAUAUUCCUAAUCGGUCACCAAAAUUAUCAGAAAAGUUUCGGCAACUUUUGAUCCCUGGAAAAAUCAAUCAGAUUAUAUGUUUGGGUAACCUCACGAGUCCAUCUAUAUACGACUACUUAAAACAUGUAUGCGCAGACCUUAAAUUGGUGAGAGGAGCUUAUGAUAUAGAUAGCAAAUCACCAAUUGCUGGAAAAUUGACAUUGGGUUCUUUUAAAGUAGCAUAUACGAGCGGGCACUUAUUAGUCCCUCAAGACAGUCCUGAAGCUCUAAGUAUUCUGGCUAGAGAUAUGGAUGCUGAUAUUGUUCUUUAUGGAAACACUCACAAGUUUUCUGCAUUUGAAUUAGACAAUUGCUUUUUCGUGAACCCGGGUUCUGCUACUGGAGCACCCACGGUAUCAACUGCGAACGAUGAUACCAAAAUAACACCGAGUUUUGUGCUAAUGGAUGUUCAGGGAGCUGUUCUUAUAUUAUAUGUUUACAGGAUUUUUGAUGGAGAAGUUCGAGUAGAAAAGAUGCAGUACAGAAAGCCAGAAUGAUAAUGUUUUAUUAUGUAUGAUGAUCGGCUUUCGAUAUACCCCCAGAGAACUUUUCUGAGUUGUCAUCUGAAUAAGUUUGUUACUUUUUCAUCCUUCGUUUGCUUGUAAUCACUGACCUAUGGCUACUACUGAAGUGUGUGAUCUACUUAAUGUAUAAGAUGUCCUAAAGAACCUUUCAUCACGAAUUUCACGACAUGAACGAGAUAUUAUAACAAAAAUUAGCUUGAAAUACUUUAAAUAACCUUCUCCUAAUAGUUUCAUUCUUG